CUAGCAGUGGGGUGGGGUCGACUGGCACCCCAGAUCUGAUCCUCUACCAGCAGUCUAUCCUUUUUGUCUCUUUGGGGUGUCCUUUCCGUUAGAAUUGUGAGAACACCUUAACGGAGGGGGGAAAAAAUAAAAAAAAAAGAGGGGCCACAGCCCUGCCUCCUAGUGCGAUAAUUUCAAGAAUGGUGGUGCCGGUUACGUUUUUUAGGUUAACUAAAUCAUCAAUAAAUUUAUUUUUGUUAUUUACACAUGAAUCUAGGGGGUAGUUUAGUGGUUAAAUUUAUAUUCCAAAAAUGGACAAUAGGAUAACACUAUGUGAUCCAGACGACGAUGAGAUUGAUAAUAUAUUCGGUGAUGUUGAGCCUGUAACGUGGUUGAACGAUGAUCCUGAUUUGGAGGAUAUAAACACGUUCUUUCAUCGAGUUGAUUCUGAUCAGAUUAUUUAUGAGGAGAAGAAGAAGAGGUGUAAAUUAAUUGGUAAAUAUGUUAUGGGAGAUUUGCUCGGAGAGGGGAGUUAUGGAAAGGUCAAGGAGAUGUUGGACUCCGAGACACUCUUCAGGAGGGCUGUCAAGAUAUUAAAGAAGAAAAAGCUGAGGAGAAUACCCAACGGCGAGCAGAAUGUCAAAAGGGAAAUAAAGUUACUCAAGAGAUUGAAACAUAAAAAUGUUGUUGAACUUGUCGAUGUUUUGUACAAUGCUGAAAAGGAGAAGAUGUAUUUAGUUAUGGAGUUUUGCAUUGGUGGACUGCAGGACAUGUUGGAGAGUGCACCAAGCAAGAGGUUCCCUAUCUGGCAGGCCCAUAGUUAUUUCACCCAACUCGUUGACGGACUCGAGUAUCUCCACAGCCAGGGAAUUAUCCACAAAGACAUUAAGCCAGGAAAUUUGCUGCUGACACCCGGCGGAACCCUGAAAAUCAGUGAUUUUGGCGUUGCUGAGGCGUUAGAUCCCUUCGCUAUUGAUGACACGUGCACAAUGGGACAAGGGUCUCCUGCAUUUCAACCCCCGGAGAUUGCGAAUGGCUGUGAAACAUUUGCUGGGUUCAAAGUGGAUAUUUGGAGCAGUGGAGUUACUCUAUACAAUAUAACGACUGGAUUGUAUCCAUUCGAGGGAGACAACAUUUACAAAUUAUACGAAAACAUCGGUAAAGGAGAAUACACUAUACCAGACGAAGUUGAGCACGAGUUGGCGUCCCUGUUGAUGGGGAUGCUGCAGAAGGAGCCAGAAAAGAGAUUUACGAUACAGGAAAUCAGGCAUCACCCGUGGACGAUUUGUCGGUUCGAGAGAACCAAUGAGGAAGUUGCUGUGCCACCUCCCAAGGGCAGUACCUGCCACAGAAUGACUGUUCUGCCUUAUCUCAUGGAAUAUUAUUAUGGGGACGAUCAAGAUCCCAUGUAUUAUACAGAGAGGCAACUCAAUGAAGAAAGGAGACUCCGCGACUUGGACAAAGCCAAUAGCGAUCAAAAGAGCAACUCCAGCAAAACAAAUUCCCACAAUCCAAAAAAACGAUGGCGCAAGUCGAUCUCUUGUAUUAGCGUUAAAAAAUUCACAUCCUGCAAGCCCUCGUGAUUCACCAUCUUUUAUUUGUCAUUAAAAAAAUCCACACUCUAUCAAAAUUGAUGGAAAAAACCUGUAAAAAUACCAAGAAUAUCUUGAGUUGAGAAAAGUGCUGAAUACAGUGGCAUAAAGUGGAAGGGUAAACGUUUAUAUCCAGACAUUUUCAUUUGCUCCCCAAUUUUAACGAAUGUAUUGAGCAUAAAUUUGUUGUGAUAUUAAUAUUAAUUACUUCGGAUAAGUGGAGCUGAGAAAAUCGUCAAUAACAAUUCAAUCUGAAUUGCUGAAGAUGUUAAUGGUUAUGUCAUCAUACUGUGCCAUAAGAACUGAAACGUAUUUUUCCCAAUCUGCCAAAAAUAAUUUUGCAUUAAUAAAAUUUUCGUAGUAUAUUUUUUACUUGAAACAUUUUAAAUUUCUCGUAUCCAGCACUUUUCCAUUUAUUUUUUUAACGUGAUGAAAAAAAAACACAAAAUAAUACAGAUAUUUUAUUUUCUCCUCGAGUUAUUGAAUUGUUGAGACGUUAUUAGAGUUCUAUUGAAUGUUUCCACGUGAAUUUAAGGGGGAAAAAAAUGAUCGACGAGGGAGACAAAAAUACCGAAAAAAAUAGUCGUGUGUGAGAGUGUAUAUGUGAAUGCGUGAAACCCAGUGAUUGCAUUUGGAUAUUUCGCUAAUUAAUACUGCGUCGUGAGAAUAAUAAAAAGGGUGAGAGUUACCCUGAUGAAUAAUUGUGUGAUCACAACUGGAUAAAUGAAUGAUGAAAACACAAAGUAUUUCUUAGGCCUUCAAAGUACCUUACUUUGCACACAAAUGCCGUGCAUUAUUGUAUUAAAAUUAUGUACAUAUCUCAUUUGUUCCCUUGAAUUAUUUUCAAGGCUGAGCAUUUAAUUAAUAAUCGCCUACAUAUUUAUUAUAAAAAUCUUUCUUCAUUCGAUCAGUGAUGCAGAGCCACUGCAUUGUCUAUUUGUAACGAGUAGGGGUGGUGAACAGCCAAAAAGAAUAAUUAAAAAGUGUAAAUAGAUUUUUUUCUUUCCUGCGUUUAACGACAGAACACAUGAAUUCAAAUGAUGGGAGAUUUUAGAGAAUUCUAAAAGUGCCAUGAGCUUGCCUUUAGCUUUUUUUUAGCAUUCGUGGAACGUUGAACUCAUGGAAAAUAAUGCUGCUAGAGAAUACAAUUUUUUGUUUGUAAUUAAAUUCAAGGAUGAAGUAAUGAAACGUGAUGACUCGAUUCUUACGAAUUUAUGAUGUAUUUUGUUGAAAAUUCCACUUGUUUUAGGCAUUUUUAAACAGAUAUUUCAUGGGAAAAAAUCUCUACAUUCUGACCAAUCGAGAGGAAUUUAUCUGCAAAACUUUAUGAAUUUUUUUCGCUCAGAUAUACUUGGCUUCAACUGCUCAAAAUUCAUGCCUAAGAUGUUUUAAAUUGUAAUUCGCAACUAUUGAUUUUUUCUGUGAAAAUGUUCUAUUGAGAAAUGCAGAGCAUCAUUUUCUGAUUUCUACCAAAAAACAUGGGAAACACCAGCAAAAUUUUAAGAAUAAUUCUACCAACUUUUGCAAUCGGUUCUUUAACGAGAGAAAGAUCAAUAAAAAUGAAUGAAUCCACGAAUUCAUUACAUUAAUUAUUUAUAUAGUAAUGGGUACUACAAUAAGACAAAGUUUUCAUUGUAUCGCGAAUCAUUGCGUUUCGAAUCUUCUCCAAAUAAUUUUGAAAAUUGAAAAAAAACACGUUGUCAGUGUUCAAAUCGAUAAACCGUGUUCACGUUAUCAACUACUGUUUAUAGUCAACGAAAGAUUUUUCGUAUUACCAAUGUGCCGGCCAGGAGGACUUUGAAAAUGAAUUUUGUUGUUUCGAAUAAAUCGAAGAAUCCCAAAUAACUGAUGAACAUUGUAUAUAGGACAAGCCUGUUGACAUUAAAGUACAAAUUAAGAGGAUGAUUGACAAUUUGACUCUGAUCUGUGUGGGCCUGCAUAAUUCCACGCACGAAAAAAUUACGUAAAAAAUUCUAUUGAAUUUAUAAUUUUUAUUCAAAAUUCUAUUCAAUUUUUAUAGAAAAUUCGAUUGAAUUUUUAUAGAAAAUUCUAAUGGAAAUUGGACUAAAUAUUCUAGCGAAUUUAUUAGAAUUUUUGUGAAGUUUUUUCGUACGUGGAUCGUGUCUCAGCUGGGGACUCGAUAACACAAAUGUUUGAGUAAUUGUAUUAAAUGAUUGUUGAUGUUUGAUGUCGCUUUUCAAGACUCACGAAUCAAUGAAUGGUAACUGAUGUUGCGACAGUGAUUGACAUUCUUUGUUUAUUGGAAGAGCAAUUUAACGAAUGCAUAUUUACUCGUGUGAGAAAUGAUGUAAUAUUCGAAUCCUUCGGCUUUCAUUAUUCAGAAUCAUUUCAUGAAUCAUAAUCAAUAAAAAUUGUAUUCAAAACA